AAAAUUGGAUAAAUAGGACACUUUGAACUUGGAUUUGUCACAUUAGGAUUUCUAGAAGAUAUUUUAGGAAAAUAGGAUUUUAGAUCUUGUAAAAUACCAAAGUACCCUUAAUUUACCAAUUAUGUUGAAUUUAAAUUAUAAAUUAUAAUAAUUUUCGUAAUAGAUUUUAAUGUUAAAAUUAAAAUCUAUAAAAAUUAAAAAAUAAAAAAAACACUAAAUGGGAAAAAAGGAGACGCGGGAUGCCGCAAACCUAAUUCCCCUUUCUCUUUGUCUUCUCCGUCGUAGACUCGUCGCUCUCCCACGGCGAUUUAGGGUUCAACGGUGAGAAGCUCUGUUCUUCGUCGGUGUUUCAUCAGCCCGUGGUCUCUACUCUCGUCUCCGUCACCAUCCUUUUCGAUCUCACUGAAGACACAACGGCUGCGAAUCGUUCUUCCUCUUCGUCGGGUCAAAUCGAUUUUCGAAGUGUUCUUCCAUCAAUUUCGCCUCUCAAUCUCACAAUUCUUCACAGAAGGUAUUGGAUUUCAUCUAUAGAUUCUCAUAUUAAACGAAAUCGAAGUGUUCUUCCAUUAAAGCUUGAUUUUUUUUUAAAAUGAUUUGCCGUGUUUCUUAAAAUAAUUUUGUUUCACGGAUUGGUUGAUAUUAUUGAAACCUUUACAUGUGUGAUGAUAUUGAAACCUUUACAUGUUGAACUAAUAAUUUUGUCACGGUUUGUAGCUAUGUCUGAGGAGCUACCGAAGAGGCUUUUUAAGGAGGGCGAGGAGCCCCGAGUUACUCAGAUCAACAACAACUGCAGGAUCGACUACAUAAUCCGAAAGUUCCAAGCGUGGCUGCCAAAGGAGUUGGAUGUCGUGAAGAAAGACCCGGUUUUUCAUCAGAUUUUUAAGCUCCAUGAGAAUGGUCUUGGAUACUCUGCGAGGGUGAUACACAGCUUCUUGUGUAGGGAGCUGGUGACUUUCUUACAGCACGAGCUAUGGUUUGUCUUUGCGAGGAGACCGCUUCGAUUCUCAUUGCAAGAGUUCCACGCCGUAACCGGGUUUGAAUGCGAUACUCACAUUUCGAUUGAGGAGUUUGAAGAGUGGAAAUAUGAUGGUGGUUUCUGGAGCAAGGUUUUGAGGAGAAAAGAUGGAACAAUUACACUCUUCAACCUGUGGACUAAGGACAAGGAAGCUGUAAAGAAAUGGAAGAAUGCAGAUCGCAUACGUCUUAUCUACUUGGCGAUCAUUCUUUGUGUGGUAUUGGCGAGAGAUGAGAAGGCUAAUAUCCCCCUGAAGUACAUCGCGGUGGUCAUGGAUCUUGACAGAGUUCGAAGGUAUCCUUGGGGAGUUGCUGCUUAUGACCUUCUCUGCAAAUCCAUAGCCAAAAAUCGUUCCCAACUGAAGGAAAAGACCACUAGCUAUGUCUUGGAUGGCUUCUCAUACGCCUUGCAGAUUUGGGCAAUGGAAGCGGUGCCAAAAAUCGGGAAGCUUUGUGGAAAAAAGCUGGAUAAGGGUUUCAAGGACGGUCCUAGAUGCAUAAACUGGAUGGGAGCUGCGAAGGUGUCAUAUGAGGAGAUCAUUCGCUUGGAGGAGAUUAUUACACCCAAGGAUGACAUCUACCCAUACAUCUCAUGGACAGGAAAUUAUGAUGUUGUCAAAGCUCAGGCGUUUCGCAGAGAUGAUGAUGUGGAGGAUGACAGAAUCAAGGUUCUGAUGGAGAUGAUAAAGAAGGGGCAUGAUUUUAGUGAGCAUGUUUGGGAAACUGAAGAAAAUGAAGUGAUUUCUUUAUCUCUCGAUGACGAAUCAGCUGUGAAUGAUGAAGCAAGCGUGAAUGUUGAAGCAGCCGAGAGUGAUGACGACUUUCAGACUCCGAAAGGAUCAAAAAACGUUGGUUCUAGAUCAAAGAGGGGUAAAAAGAGGCUUCCCGAUCGUGGUAUGGAGAAGAGAAAGCAUAAGGUUCUCGCAAGUGGCGCAAAGCAAGCUCCUUUUAAUGAAGACAUGAAGGCUUUUAUGACACAGUUGUUUGAGCACAACUUCUCUGGAAUGGAACAAAGGAUACAGAAACAGAUGGCCGAGACAUUUGAGCAGAUGCGGACAGAGCUUAAACAAUCACGUAAGGAAGCCAGCGUUGAAGUUGAGCUUGGAGAGCCUUCACCGACAAAGCCAUCGACGAGCCAGGCACCGUUGAGGAGGUCCACACGCGGGGUAAACAAACACUAGUCUUCACCAUCCUCUUCAAUGUUAUUUUGUCUUGUUUAAGUUCGUGGUUUGCGUGUCUGUUUGUUUUAUUGGCAUCUAAGUUAUCGGCCUGAAUUUUGUUGUACUUUAUAAGGUCUCGGUUUGUAUGUGUGCUUGGUGUGUAAGUGUUCUUGGUUUGUAAGUGUCUUGUUUGAACUUAUGUAAUGGUCUGGAACUUUUAUGUAAAAUAAUUAUUAAUGAUAAUGUAUUUUGGUAUCUCAAUUAUUGCUUAUUUGUCAUGAAAUAACAGGAUGGUUCCGAGACUACAUUCGAUGUGAAUUAUAGUGAAGCAGAUGAUUUGGGUCGCGGGAUAGGUACACAAGGGGUUGAAGGGCUUUCUCAGACGUCGUAUGUGCCAGGCUUUGAUCCAUCUCAGGACAAAAAAGAAGAAGACUGGUGGACUCCAAUGACUUCGGUCCGAGGUUCAGUGGAUAAUCCAGUAAAGAAAGAAAAGACAGAGAUGAAUACAGCUCCACCGCCGUCACAGUGGGAGAAAUGGUGCAAAAGAAAAGGUCAUGGACUUCAGCUUAGCGAUUCACCAUUGCCAGAAGAUGCUUCUCCGCAGGCGUCACUUUAUUAUAUCUCCGAAGAGUCAUGGAAAGGAUUCACGGAAUGGGCAUUAAAGCCUAUACCUUUAACAAUUGGUCCUACAUGCUUUAAUUUGUCUGUAGCUACAAGAGUAGUAAGUGCUGGAAAAUGGCUUGGAAACGAGGUAAUGAAUCUUGUACUAACCUUUAGUGAAUUUAUCUUCCUAACACUUCUUAUAUGCUAUAUUACUUAACUUUCAUUGUAAAUUUUUAGGAGAUGGAUGCGGUUAUGUUUAUAUGGCGUGUGAACACUACAUUGAAUCGUUGGGCCCCUCGGCGUGUUGCUUUCAUGAGUGCUAUGUUUUGCCUCCAAGUAGACGCUGCAUACAAGAAGUUUUUACCAAACAAAAAAGCCUAUCAAUUGCCUGAUUUCCUUCUUGGGUACGGCAGAGGAGAGCUUCCAUCUCAUGGGCGGACUGAUCUAGUUUGGGGUGUUGAUGUUGAUCGACUCUACUUUCCUCUGUUUGUAAAUGGUAACCAUUCAGUUCUUUUUACAUCCUAGUAUACAUUUCUUCGUUUACAAAUUUUUGUGGACACGAACGCAGGUAAUCACUGGGUUGGUGUCUGUGUAAACAUCAUUGAAAGAAAAGUAGAAGUCUUUGAUUGCGGUCGGGGAAAGAACAGACAGUACGUUGAGAAGUUUGCUGCUAUCAUUCCUAGGAUUGUGAAGUCCGUUGCACCACAAGAAAGACAGAAGCAGCUACUCCUCUCAUCAUAUUCUAUCGUGGAUGUGCCUAUGAAGUUGAGAUUGAAUAAAAGUUGUUGUGAUUGCGGUGCAUACGCUUUGAAGCACUUGGAAUGCUCGCUGCUUGGUCUUGACGUCAGUUUAGUGGAUGAUGAAAUCAUUAUGGGUUGUAGACAGAAGAUUGGAGUGGACUUAUGGGAGGCUGCACACGACCCCAUCUUUGCUGAGGUUAUGACACGAUAUGUGCCUUCACCAUGGGAGAGGUCUGAGGUCUUUGACCUGGAGGAUGAUUGAUUAACUGUGAUUUUAGUAGUUUGGUUUGUUAGAAUUAGAAAACAACUUUGGCUUUGGUAUUUGAUUUGAAUUAAGAAACAACUCUAGCUUUGAUUUUGUAUAAAUUAUGAAACAACCCUAUAAAGAACAAAAUCAUAAAAACUGAGGACCCAAACCCUAAACAAACCCUUAACUAAAACCAUAACCAUAGACAUACCCUAACCAAACCCUUAACUUAAACCAUAACCAUAGACAUACCCUAACCAAACCCUAAAACCAUAA